AUGCCUCCCAAAGCACCCGAUAGCCCUCCGGAAGAGCGCAAUGCCAGUCCUUUCUUUACAAUCCCCGCUCCUCUUAAGCGCCUCUUCGACAAGUUCCCGUUGACUACCUAUCCCGCCAACGAGAUCCCUCAACGCCUUCGGCCGCACGACAAUGUCAACCAGCUCUAUGUUUUUGCCGACGCAUCUGGCGCACGACAUGGCCGACCCUCAUUCAAUCCUCAAUGUCUCAAAUGGCAGGCAUACUUGAAAUUCGUUGGGAUUGACUUUGAGAUCAUAUCGUCCAACAACCAUGCCUCACCAACUGGCUCCCUGCCUUUUCUCCGCCCCUCGCUGCCUGCAGACGCCUCAAAUCCGAUCCCUUCACACAAGCUCCAAAAGUGGGCCAUUGAACAAGUUCACUGCGAGGAAGAACAACAAUUGAACCUGCGGUUCGAGGUUUAUGCCUCGCUUUUGGACAAUCGGAUACGCAACGCUUGGUUAUACAUGCUUUAUCUAGACAGUGAGAACUUCGACGCCGUCGCACGCCGGCUCUAUGUGAAUCCAACAACCUCAAACUCGAUUGUGCGCGCCGCUCUAGGCCACCAGCUCCAACAAGCCGCGCGCGAUGAGCUUCUCAAGACGUCGCGCUACAUCGAUGCCGCUGAUCUGGAAGGCGAUGCGGGUGGCGCGUUCGAGGCGCUGUCCACCUUGCUCGGUGAGGACGAGCACUUUUUCGGCCGGCCAAACCCAGGCCUCUUCGAUGCCAGCGUCUUCGCCUAUACGCAUCUGAUCCUGGACGAUACCCUAGGCUGGAAACGGAACCGGCUAGGACAACUACUCAGGGAGCAUCCCAAUCUUGUACAACACCGUGACAGACUACUGAAAUUAUUCUAA